GUGAAAAAUGGAUCUACUCACGCUUUAAGGGAUGAAAGAUCAUUUUUCUCUUUAACCAUUUCUGCACCGAGAUCUGCAAACAAUCGAGAAGAUGAUGCGCCAGGUGACAAGCAGCGACUUCUGCAUGAACAGCAGGCCGUCGUGCCUGGCGGAGGACGGCCACCACCCGGCCUCCCACUUUGACCUUUGCACCCAGGCCAACAAGUUCUACCCUCCUCCGCCUCCGUCCGCCCUCCAGAUGACGCUGGCUCCCAUGGUCUUACCCGCCCAGAGCCACAAGUCCAUGUUGUGCCAGAGACCGGAGGUGCUCGCUGGCUCGCCUGGGAAAAUCCCCGACAUCAAGAGCGGCGAUCAGGCGCCCGACGACGGCAAGAAGAAGAGCAAGGCCGGCGGGAAGUCGGGCCGACGCGGGAGGCCUCUGGGGACCACCAAGCUGGCCGGGUACAGGACCAGCACGGGGCGGCCGCUCGGCACCACCAGAGCUGCAGGGUUCAAGACGAGCCCGGGGAGGCCGCUGGGUACGACCAGAGCGGCGGGAUACAAGGUCAGCCCGGGACGGCCCCCCGGCAGCAUCAAGGGCCUCUCUCGCCUCAACAAACUGGCUUACGGUAGCACCUGCAGCGGAGCGGCUUUCCCAUACCCGCUGCCGCACAAGGAGAUCCUCUGUGAACCUUCCUGCAACAAAGAGAAGACAGCUAAUGAGUGA